UUUUCCUGCUUACGGUAGUGAUUAUUCAUGUGGGCUGCUCUUCUGGUACAAGAUUUUUGUUCUUCCUGCUCCACGCUUUUCGCGGCGUGAAGCAAUUUCUGUUGGCAUAUAUAUAAUUAUUGAAAGUUUGAAGCCAUCAGGGUACAAUUUCGAUGGCUUCAAUUGUGAAAAGUUUCUGGGCAACACCUUCUUUUGCUUUGAAUUUGAACAAGAAACGUCAUUCUAGAUCUCAAAUUCAGUGUUCAGCUAGUGGGGAUUCGGCUGCUGCUGCAUUAUCUGUAGAAUCUGUUAAAGUGAAUAGGAUUGUUGAUGGAGUAUCAUCUUCUGUUGUGAAGGAAAAGGAGGAGACGGAUAGGCUUUCAGUUGAGGUGGGGCAUGAUCACAGGGGUUCAAAUGUGGAGGAAAAGAAGAGGGAAAAAGUUUCAGACGACGAAAAGUUGGAGCCUUUAUGGGAUGAUGGAUAUGGAACUCAGAGUGUGAAGGAUUAUCUUGAAUCAGCCAAAGAGAUUAUUAAGCCGGACGGGGGGCCGCCGAGAUGGUUCACCCCAAUAUCUUGUGGUCCGCCCUUAAAGGAUUCGCCAAUUCUUCUGUUCUUGCCCGGAAUGGAUGGUCUUGGACUUGGUCUCAUUCUGCAUCACAAGUCUCUUGGCAAGGUCUUUCAAGUUCGGUGCAUGCAUGUUCCUGUGCAGGAUCGAACACCGUUUGAAGUCUUGGUAGAAUGGGUCGAAAAGACUCUGAGGUCCGAGCAUUCUUCAGCCCCAAAGAGACCCAUUUAUAUCGUGGGAGACUCACUCGGUGGAUGCUUAGCACUUGCAGUUGCAGCUCGUAAUCCUAAUAUUGACCUUGUGGUGAUAUUAGCUAAUCCAGCAACUUCGUUUGGCAGGUCACAACUGCAACCUUUGCUGCCUCUGUUGGAGGCCUUGCCUAAUGAACUCCAUACCACCGUUCCGUAUCUUCUAAGCUUUGUUAUGGGUGAUCCAGUGAAGAUGGCAACAGCUAAUAUUGACUCAAUGCUGCCUCCCACGAAAUAUUUUGAGCAGUUAUCUGGGAACCUUACUGGUCUGCUACCACGUCUUUCUGGGUUGUCUGAUAUCAUACCUAAGAAAACUCUUCUUUGGAAACUCAAGCUGCUCAAGUCUGCUGCGGCAUAUGCUAAUUCUCGUCUUCAUGCCAUUAAAGCUGAAGUACUCGUUCUUGCUAGUGGCAAGGAUAACAUGCUUCCCAGUAAAGAUGAAGCUUGGAGACUUUCACGUUCAAUACAGAAUUGCAAAAUGCGAUACUUCAAGGACAAUGGGCAUACCAUACUAUUGGUAGGUGAGAAUUUUCCCCAUGCAUCGAUGCCUCUAGAGUUCUAAUAGCUCUAACUAGGU